AUGAUACAGAGAAAGUGGUUACUGCAGAAUGCGCCACCCAUCCCACGUCCUGACGUUGAGCGUGCACCAACACCACUUGGUAGUCCGAGUCCUGUGCCGCCGUCUGAGUCUCGAGCAGUGGCCGUUGGCAUCGCCGGGCUUGAGCAGCGUGGACUUCAAACUCGCAGGAACAACGAAGCGGUGUUGGGCAAUGCCUUCGAAGAUUUAGAGGCCCUGAUGGCAUCAGCCAAAGAUGUGGUUGCCCUGGCAGAGCGAUUUGCCUUGGAGUCAGGGCCGCAGACAGGCACCCCUGGCGCCUCGUCUGAUCCUCUUCUAUCUCAGUCGGCGGCAGCACUUGGUAUGGUAGCAACGAAAGACCUGAUAGGGGACAAUUCUACUGCGCUCUAUAUCUCCGAAUUGGCAAGAAAUUUGGCCGAGUAUGCUACGGACGACCGACGGGGCAUAUUACAGCGUCAAGGCGGCACGAUGAGCCUGGUUGACCUGUGGGCAAUGUUCAACAGAAGUCAGAAUGGAGUGGAGCUCGUCAGCCCAUCUGAUUUUUACAAAGCCGCCGAAGCAUGGGACAAGUUGGGCCUGCCUAUCAAGCUGCGGCGUUUUAAGAGCGGACUUUUGGUGGUGCAACAGCGCAAUGCAAGCGACGAGAAGACAAUCGGCCAGAUCAAGGCGUGGCUCGGUUCACUACGAUUUUCGACGGCUCUCGCAUCGUCAGAGCCUUGGGAUAGGUCAAUGUUUGGCAUUGGAGUCACAGCACAGCAGGCAGCUGCCCAGUUUGGCUGGAGUCUUGGGGUGGCAGUCGAAGAACUUGAGAUGGCGGAGGAGAAAGGCGCCCUCUGCCGGGAAGAAGGCGUGGAAGGCCUGAAGUUCUGGCUCAACUACCUGAUUGAGGAAGACUAG